GAAUUUCCGUCUGCUUUCCGAAAGUCCCGGCUGUCUCGACGCUAACCCCGUCAUAUCCGAACAGCUUCUGAGAUUGUUCCAUGCGAAUGUAAGAGGCUGGAGUAAAAGGACAAAUGGGCACUUCAGAGUAAAGCUGCGACACUUGGUUUUCGGCUGACGUCUGCCCCACGGUCCCUAGAGAAUAGGUAGCCGUCGUAUAAAUGCUAGCACUUGAUACUACCACAAUACUGGUCUCCAAAUUCUUCAGUAAUUUAUCGGUCCAACAUCAUAAUUAUUCAGCUCUUCGCCAAAUAUAGUCAAGAUGCUCGACUGGAACGACGACUCGUUCAUGUCCGAUUGGGAUGCGAAAUACGUCUCCACCAAUGUCAAGCCCGAGGCACAAAAAUACGACAGGGACCUGUUCCUCGAACUCAAUUCAAAGUUGGCUACCUCUCAUCCGGAGCUGAAAUCUUUCAGCCAUGCCAUAAUCGCUGCCGCGUGCUGCGCUGUCAGUCGUGCAGAUGUUGUCGGACGCUUCUUCGAUGAUAUAACGUUUGAUUCAACACCAGAAGCCUCUGAGAAGCUCUUUCUUUCCACCAGAGAGGCUAUCACCAUUGUUUUCCCAUACAUCGGAAUGCCAACCUGUAUUCCCGCAUGCUACGGAAUGAUUGGCGUUGUAGAGAGGAAAGGUUCAGAGUAUGCCUCUACCAGAGUGCUCCGAAAGACCACAAUUGAUGAAGAAGACGUCAAGAAAGGGAGUGAGCUUAAAUCUCGCAUAUACAGUGGCGUCGGAAAUUCAGGCAUUUUUAGUUUGAUGGAUAAGUACUUUACUGAUCUGUUUACCUGCUCGACUGUUGUUACUUGGGGCUAUCUCAUCUCAAAGGCGAAUGAGGAGGUAUUCCAACCAAAUGAGUCUCAUCUGAUUAUUGCAGCCUCCAUUGCAGCGCUGGGGGCGACCCGACAGACAAAGAGUCAUAUAAAAGCUACUCUGGGGAUAGGAAACUCAGUGGCAUGUGUAAAGACUGUGUUGAAUGUAGUGAGGAAAAUCGCGGCGUGGGCUGAUCGGCCCAUUGGAAAUUUCGACGUAGACGCGCUUUCUCUGGAGAUUCAGAACUCUCUGAGGAAUUAGC